GGCUCACAGUGGUUUCGAAUUCUACACCGUGCGCACACGCAAAUAGAAUUGCUCGGAAACGAUCACAAAGCUCGUGGGAACAGUUUCGGUUCUAAAAAGUUUGCUUUACAGCGUUGAAUAUACAUACAUACAUAAGUGUGCGAAUUUGUGUAAAACAUGUAUUCGAAAUAAUUAGCAUAGCAAUUUACUAAGCACAACGUAAAGCUCUCAAAAUGAGCGAUAGAGAAUACAAUAAAGAACAAUAUGAAAACAGAAAACAACGCAAACCCCUGCUGCCAAAUGGACAAAACCCACGGCCACCGAGCACGGAAAGUGAAAGCAGCAUUCCCUAUAUGGAUAGACUCAACGAUUCCAGCACAAGCGACAUUUGCAGUGCAACUUCCAGCAAUAGCGGUAAUGUUGAUGAAAGUCGGUCAAGCGAAGGUAACAUGAAGCGUGGAAUCGCUGCAAGGCGAAAUGUCAAUAUGCCGAUCGUCAUACAGGUGGAUGAACAAGACAGUACAUUGAGGGCCGAAGGCGAUGAACUUACACCACCCCCAAAUAACCAAAUUCCCAAUGUCGAGCCGGUAGGUAGGAAUUUGCGUCGAAAUUCCAUAUCCUUACCAAUGGGGAUCGAUGCCAUUGAUCUCGAAGGCCUGCGGCUGAAGUAUCAAAUGCAAGAACAGGAUGCCCUCAGCGAAGAGGAAAAGAGUGAUAGUAUAAACGAUGACAGCUGCGGUUCGGUCAGCCCGAAUGUACCGGAAACAAGUAUAUCAUCAAUAAACCAGAAUGACGAAGAGAGCGAUGAUGAGGAAUAUGGUGGCGGACGUCGGAAGUAUCGUGAUCCGUUUCGGAGUCGCCGCCGAGCAUCGAUAGCCCCUCUACCCGCCUUGCGCUUGAAUAGUAAGGAGAUGCUUGCCAGUGACUUCGACACCCACAGUGUGGCUAGCAACCAAGCGUCCAUCACUAGCGUUAAUUCAUUGGCCAGUUUACUCCGAGAAAAAAUGAAUGCAUUCCCCCAAAUGAUUCGCAAAAAGAAACGUGAAACCAAGGAUUAUAAAAUUAAGAUUUUCGUCACAAUAUUAUUCUUCAUCAUUGUCUUCUUGAUUGGAUACUCUUAUAUAACCUACCAUAAGGAGAUUUUAACUCGUUCCUACUUCGAAAAGAUCAAAUUCAGCUCGUUGGAUCGUACUUUCAGUAUUUUAAGUCACGAAGACAAGGAAGUGAUAACAGGAAAGUUAGGUCUCUCUAUAAGUUCCGAUAGUAUACCGUUUUAUUGUCUGGAAGACCAACGUAAAAAUGAUGGCAGCGUUUGUCUGGAAUGGAAUGGUAUAGCUCGGCUGUAUAUGAGUUUCCAAAAUAUGAAUGUAUUCCGUUGCUAUAACAUACAGUGGCAAGCACUGGGUUCGGGAAUUUAUCCAACCGAUUGUUAUGAGUUGAAAAGGGAUAACGGGCUAUGGUUUGGUGGGAGCUUUACAAAGGGCAUGGAAUGGUCCUUAAGCUCGGCAAAUUUUGACUAUGCACCUUUCGGUAGUGGUGACGGUAAGGUUCAUCAGUUCGGUAACGGAAUAAAACGUUAUUUCAUAAAUUCGAUUGGUGUGGCAAUGCAGGUCGACGAUCGCACACCUCUGCACAUAUCUGUCAAUCAAACAGAAAAUAGAUUAUGCUUUCGUGCCCGAAAUGAUAAUUUCACCUUCGUCAAUCAUCUAACGGAAUAUCCAGAGCUUACAUAUAAAAUUUGCACUACCGAAGACAUGCGUAGUCUACAUAUGCUGAUGACACAACAGAGUCUGUGGGAUGGUCUAAAGGAAUCUGAUAUCUAUUCUCUGCAUUCACUGAUUGAAGAACCCGUAUGGAAGAUACCGUUUCAAAGUGAAGUGACAUCGAUUAAUGAAACAACUAUAUACAAUUAUUCGGAAGAUGUUAUCGCGAUGGGCUUUAUGCGUUUGGGUCAUAUUUUAGUAAAUGAAUUCUGGCAAAGAAACAUUGGCGAUUUCGUUGUAGAUCAAGAGCGUUUUCCCACACUCAAGGACACUAUUGAGGUACUCCAUCGACGAGGUUUUAAAGUUGUUUUCACGAUUCAACCCUUUAUCAGUACAGAUAGUCCCAAUUUCAAAGACGCCGUUAAAAACAAAUUGCUUAUCUAUGAACGGCACUCGGAUAGAAGUAUUCCUGCGCUCACACGGUACAAGAGUUCAUCCAGUGCCGGAGUAUUGGAUAUUACGAAUAACGCUUCAAUACCAUGGUUACGGAAUAAAUUGGAAAAGCUAAAGGAAGACUACCAAGUGGACAGUUUUUACUUGGAUCUCGGUACGAGCUAUAAUCUACCGCAUUAUUAUCAGUGUCGAACGACUCUGGACAACCCCGAUAUGUAUGCCAAAAUCUUUACAAGUAGUAUGGAAAGUGUUGGCUUUAUUGGUGUAUCCAGUGCAAGUGCUAUCCCAAAGCCACCAACCUUCCUCAGCACGCCACCAAUAAAUUCUUCGUGGGAGGGUUUGCGUGAAUUGUUAACCGUUGUUUUAAACAAUGGUAUAAAUGGGUAUCCCUUUGUUUUACCGGGUGCUAUUGGUGGCGACUAUUAUGUUAAUCGCACUUUAAAAAAAAUGGCGUCGUUUUACUCUCUGGGUCAACCAGAACUCGCCGAACAAGAUCUUUUCAUUCGUUGGAUGCAAUUAAUGACUUUUAUGCCGUCGAUGCAAUUUAGCCAUUUACCAUCCGAAUAUAAAAGUGAUUACAUUACUGAUCAAGCCAAGGAAUUGAUGUCCAUACGACAGAAAAUUGUUAUACCGUUAUUGAAGAAAUAUCUAAGCGAGUCAAUGAACGAAGGAUUACCAUUAGUGCGACCACUUUGGAUGCUAGAUCCCCAUGACCCGGCUUGCUUACUUGUAAAUGAUGAAUUUUCAGUAGGGGAGGAAUUGAUCGUGGCUCCAAUUUUGGAAAAAAAUUCGGACGAACGAGAAGUUUACUUGCCACAAGGAGUUUGGAAGGACGGAAUUGACGGCUCAUUACGGAAAGGCAGUCGCUGGAUGCAUAAUUACAAAGUGCCUAAAGAUAAGAUAGCUCAUUUCGUUAAAAUGCCAGACAACACUAGAUUUUAAUGCAGAAAUGCAUUAAUACGAAAACAUUCCUAAGGCUUAGCUGAAAUAACUGUAAACACUUCCGUAUGUCAAACAUGCCUUAUAAAACCUGUCGACCACAUUGCACUCUAAGAAUGUUCUUUAAAAUAAGGAAAUACCUAAAGGUAUAUACCAUCUUCCACUGUCACAAGAAUUAAUAGACAAGUCAAGUAGAUUCCUUAUUUAUUCCAUUAGAAACUUGAGCUUCCGUACAUAAUUCCAUAUUUGGUCCAUCAACAUUGGAUGUAAACAUAUAGUAUUUAAUUUAAAUUUUAAGUAAAAUUGAUAGAGUUAAAUAAAAUACUAUACAAUUUUA